AUGGCGGAUCAACACGAAGGAAGCGACAAGAGCAUGCUCGAAAAGAUCAAAGACCAGUUCAAGAGCAGUUCGAAAGACAAGGACGAUGACGAUUCCCCAAAGAACACAAAAAGCAGCUCGGAGGGCAAAUGCGAAUCGGUUGAAUUCUAUGCCAAGCCGACUGGAUACGGAAGCCAUCCCACGUAUGCUGCAGCGACAAAGGGCGGGCUGAAGGACCAAGAGCCCGUGCUUAUGACAGACGAAGGACAGGCGAAGCAUCCGUCGGCGCAAUUCCAGUCUGUGAAGGGGAACCCCGGAGGCAUUCCAGCUACGGGAUUUGGCGAGACCUCUCAAGGUGGAGACUUUUAUGAGCGCAACCUGGGCGAAACGGAAGCGCACAAAUCCCGUGUCCCUGCGAAACAACGCAUUUACGGAUACGGAAACAAUGCUUAA